UUACUAAUCAAAUUGUAGGUACCUAUUUUAUUUUUUAGCAUUAGAAAGAAGCUAAUGGCUGGACAUGUAUUUUUAUUAUUGAUAUAAUAAUAAUAUUUAGAAAAACAAGCGACAGCAAAUGAUACAGGAUAUUUUGCUAGACUCAACCUUACCCCACUUUGAUGCUUCUCAAGUCGCACAUUCUCCCGGCGCUCUUCAAUUUAUUUACUGCAGCGCCAAUUAUGGAAGAAAUUCAAUUUCGCUCAGAAUUGGAACCAAUUAAUUUCUGAUUCCGCGUCGCCACUUAACUGAGAGGGAGGCGUCAUGAAGCGAAUAUUGUUCUUUGUUUGUAUUUCUUCUCUGGUGGCGCCUUUUUAUAUUACAAGUGGCCUUAAACUUAGUUUGAGACAAGGACCAGAAGAAUCAACUCCCCCCGGAACAGGCCUACCACUAGAUCAGGAGGAGGAAGCUGCUAAGAAAGCGAUUCCAUUCCUCAAGAACUGCACGAUGUGUCCCCGACAUUACAAGCCCGUCUGCGCCAACAACGGCCAGUGGUACAUCAACCCCUGUUUCAUGGCCUGCGCGGUCGGAAGCGACAGCUCAGUCGGCAUCCUAUACGAAGGCGUUUGCAGACCCGAACACAUGAAAACGUCCUCAACUACAACAACAACCACCACACCUCACCACACCACAACUGAAGAACCAAAAUUCGCAUGUGCGAAAAAAUGCGAGGAGGAGGAUGCACCAGUGUGUGGUAGUAACGGAGAAAUGUAUGGUAAUGCAUGUUUAAUGAAGUGUGAUGAGGUUGAACCUGCUGAUAAUGAAACGGUGUGCACCGCAACGCGUCGUCCAGCGGCACCUGAGGAACAUUACUCGAGUGCCUGCACCUGUUCGAAGGUGUACGACCCGGUGUGUGUGGUCGACGGGAACUGGUAUUGGAAUCUUUGUAUGAAGGAGUGCAUGAUUGGAAAGGGAGAAUCGUCUCGAGUUCUUUAUCAAGGGAAGUGUGUUAAUUUUUUGUUGUAGAGAACGAUUUGGUGUGGUGUAGUUGAAGGGACACUGAUAGAAGCGAUAUUAGUUUACAAAAUUAAAUAUAUUUUAGACAACAGAAUUUUA